AUGGGUAACUCUGUUGAUGAAAUUGAGAAAUGUAAACUGUUCUUAAGUACAAAAUUUUCUAUCAAGGAUCUAGGGAAGCUUAGAUACUUUCUUGGAAUAGAAGUUCUUGAUGAACAGGAUGGUCUUUGUAUUACACAAAGAAAGUAUUGUCUUGAUCUUCUUACUGAAUUUGGGCUUCUUGGGUGUAAACCUUCUCAAACACUUAUUGAAACCAGGCUUGUGCUUGAUAAUGAUGAUAUCAAGGGUGCUCCUUUAAGGAACAUCACUAAGUAUCAAAAACUUAUUGGUAAACUCAUCUAUUUAACUUUUACAAGGCCAGACAUUGCAUAUGUUGUUCACAUUCUUAGCCAGUUAAUGCAUAACCCUCAUGACUUGCAUUUUAAGUUAGCCAUGAGGGUGAUCAGGUACUUAAAAGGUUCUCCAGGUAAAGGCAUUUUUUUCAAGAAAGAAGGUAACCUCUCCCUAUCUGCCUUUGUUGACUCUAACUGGGCCAAGAAGGUGACUACUAGAAAGAGUAUAACUGGUUACAUUCUCUUUCUUGGUAGUUGCCCCAUCUCUUGGAAAAGCAAAAAACAGCAGACCAUCUCUAGAUCUUCAGCUGAAGCUGAGUUCAGAGCACUGGCUGCUAUUACAUGUGAGGUAAUCUGGGUUCAAAAAAUCCUAGAAGAACUUGGGGUGCACAAAACUAGACCUGUUAGCAUAUUCUGUGACAGUAAGGCUGCGAUACAAAUUGCAGCCAACCUUGUCUUUCAUGAAAAGACCAAACACUUUGAACUUGAUCUCUUUUUCAUUAGGGAAAAAAUUCUUUUAGGAAUCAUUGAAACAAUUAAGGUCACAUCUGAAGAAAACAGUUCUGAUAUCUUUACAAAAGUUUAUAAGAAGAAAGACUAUUUGUGCUACAUGCUACAAGUAAGGAACUGGAGGGUUAAAGAUGUUAGAAGAAGAAAGAAGAGGGAGCUGACUGGAACAUGA